AUGAUUUUCGGUAUGAAAUUCCGUCUACAAACCGACCACGCUCCUCUGCUUCGAAUUUUUGGUUCUAAGAAGGGCAUACCGGUAUAUACGGCAAACCGGUUGCAACGUUUCGCCCUCAAUCUGCUAUUGUACGAUUUUAACAUUGAAUACGUGCCAACCGACAAAUUUGGCAACGCUGACGUGUUGUCUCGUCUAAUCAACCAGCACGUUAAGCCAGAGGAGGAUUACGUCAUUGCGAGCAUUAUCCUCGAAGAAGAUGUAAGGUCAGUAGCCGCAGAUACCGUUAAUAUAUUACCUCUCAGUUUCAUAGUCGUAGCACAGAGUACCCAAGCUGAUCCACUGCUUCGCAAAGCCUUCCGGUACAUACAAGACGGUUGGCCUUCAUCAAAAGCCGUCGAUCCGGAACUUAAGCAGUUUCACUCCAGGCAGGAGUCACUUACUGUGGUCGAUGGGUGUAUUCUGUUUGCUGAGCGUCUCGUCAUUCCAUCGCAGUAUCGAAAAUGA